GUCCGAUUGGGCGUUGUAUGGGGCAGCAUGCCAUGUUCCGCCUAGCCGGCCUAUGGGUGGUGGGAGAAGCCGCAUGCAACGUGCCUCCAGAGCACCUUCUGCAGUGCUGCUGCGGGGGUUCACCGGCUGAUUUGAUCCGCGGACACCCCGACUGUUGGUUUCUGUACCAGCUAGACGGGUCGUCCUGGCAGGGGUGCUGUGGGCCGAAAGGCUUCUCGGGGCUGAGAGAAUGCUUCCCCUGGCAAAGAAACCACAGCGUGGCAGUGGAGGACUUCACUUUGGACAAGUCCUCCGCCAGCUUUGUCGUUGACCUGCCCGAGACGCAGCCGUUCCGGAAGCUUUGGGCCCUCAUCCAGGAGGCCUCGCCGCACCUGACGCAGCAGCAGCAUGGCCUGGUCUUUGAAAACCUCUUCAGCGUCAUGUGGGAGCACCCGGCCUGGAGUACCCCAGCCAUCCUGGCGGAGGACUCCUAUGCCUCCCUGGUGCUGAGCCAAUGCGACCGCUUCCCCGCGGGUCUGGGCUUGGUGUCCAGGCUACAGCUAGCCCGUCUGCGGCUCCUGCGGCCGGUGGCCAAGUUUCUGUGGGCCACCAAGGAGAUCGCCUUGGCCCUGUGGCGCCCGUCCGGCGCCGGCGCCCUGCGCGCGGCGCGGGCGGUGCUGCGCUCCGCGGCUUCGCCGGCGGAGCGCUCCGCCGCGGAAGCCGCGGGCGGCGCCGCGUGGCUGGGGACGGAGCCCCGGGCCGCGGCGCAGGUGCUGCAGCAGAUUCCGGAGUUUGUGCGGCUGGUGAGGGCGGCGAGCAGGGAAGGCUACCACAAGGUGGUGCAAGCCAACCAGCUCUUCAUUCUGCUGCUGCAUGAUCUCGAGCAUUUGGUAACGUCAGCACCAGCUGGCAAGCCCCUGCCCCUGCUCCACUUCGACACACGCGCGUGCUGUCACAGGAGUGAGGUGCUGAAGCUGCUGUUGGGCGACUUGCGCCGGGAGCUACCGGAGGAGCGGCUGAGCGUGGUGGAGAUCGGCGUGGGCUGGGGAGUGACCUCCUACUACGCCAUGAGCGCCGACGCCAACCUCCAGUACCUGGGCAUCGACCCCCACGUCUACCCCGGGAAGCAGGCGGACGCGGUGACGGCGGUGCCGGGCUGGGCGCUGUCUGCCGCGGCCUCGGCGAGGCUCAUCUACGAGCGCCUGGGGGGGCAGCUGAUCCGGGGCUUGAACGAGCGGGUGGCCAAAAGGGUUGCCAACGAGAGCGUCCACUUGGUCUUCAUCGAUGGCCGCCACGACGCCAAGUCGGUGCGGAGGGACCUGCGCUCCUGGCUGCCCAAGGUGGUGCCUGGCGGCUUCGUGGUGGGCCACGACUUCAGCUUCGAUUGGCCCGGGGUGGCGGAGGCCGUGUGCGCCUGGCGCGCCGGGCGCGUGGUGUCCUUCGGGGCGGAUCACACCUUCUGGUGGCGGAAGGUUGCCUUCGCCCUCGGGUUUGGAAGGUGCGGGCAACCAUAUCCAGAGAGCCGGGCUCAGGACAGGCAGCGGCCCGUGACCCGGGCGCAGAGCGCCGCGCGGUCCAGCCGCGCGCCCGCCGCCAAAGCAGUGAAGACCCCGUACCCGAUCCCCGGGGAUGUGGGCUACUACCAGCGCGCGGACGUCAAGGGCCGCAUCAAGAAGCCCAAGCUGGACAAAGACAUGGCCAAGCUCCGGGACUUGUUCACCUACUGCGAAGUGGCCAACUUCCGGGAGGUGCGGGCGAUGGUGUCUCACUACCCCUACCUUCUAGGCCUCACAGACGCGCACGGCUUCUCUGCUUUGCACCACGCAGUGAUGUCUGGGGACUCCCUGUUCAUCUCUAAGGUCUUAGAGCUCUAUCGGGAUCCCAAGACCUUCUCCCUGAAGAAUCUCGUCUAUGAGACCGAGGAGGAGCUGCUGAGGGACAUGGAGCUGGGCGUUAAGGUGGUGGGCCGAAAGACUGAGGACUCGGAGGCCACGGUGAAGGUGAUGUCCAUUGGCCCGGGCAGCAAGGCCGAGGAGGCGGGGCUCAUGCCCGGGGACGACCUGGAGGCCUGCAGCGGCACGGGGUUCCUCAGCUACCGUCAGCCUCCGCCUAUCUCGCUGGACGUCUUGGAGUCCCUGCAGUCCAGGCACGUGUCCACCAGCUUCGGCUUCCCGGUGACCAUGGAGUUCCGCGGGAACGCCGCGGUGGAGAUCCUGGCCAAGGACGGCUGGACGCCCUGCCACGGCGCAGCAGGCCGCGGCGCCCACAGCGACAAGCAGAUCCUGUGGCAGCUCCUCAGUGAGGAGGAGAAAGCCCAGCUGGUGCAAGACAUGACGGGGUGCACUCCUCACCACUGGUCUCAGAUUGAGCAGCGCAUGCGCCAGCGCUCGAAGCGCCGGCCCUUGUCCGCGGGGCCAUGUGGAGGCACCCGGCGCCCGGCCAAGACCAAGGGCACCACUCUGCGGCCCUUCACGGCCAAGCCGGUGAUUGCGCCCCACUCCCGCGACGCGGAGGACAUUCUGCGCGCGGCCCCAAGACUGUCCGCAGCGCCUGCGCCUUGCGUCAGCCGUCCAGUGUCUCCAUCAGCGGAGGCCUCUUCGCCUGUGCAUCGCACCAGUGUUUCCGCCAAGGAUGUGGCGGCCAUGCUUAGCAAGCUUGCGCAUUCCGGCACGGCCCGGGCGUGGGAAAAGAAUGAUAAGAAUGUCCUGACGCUGCCCCGCGCCGAAGCGCGGGCCUAG